AUGACUCUCAUUCUACCACUACCGUGCAUGGCAGGAAGAUAUCCGCAAGUGCCAGCAGUGCCAGAAGUACCAGCACCAUACCAUCCAAAGCAAAAGAGGAGACGGCUUCAAAAAGCAAAUCCCAUGCGCAACUCAGAUACAAGAUUCUACUCUUGCAUACUUGCAAACACUCGCCUCCACAUGCAAUCCUGCUUUUCGGAUAACGCUGUACCGACAGGGGCCAUCAACCUGGCCGGCAACCGCAAGGGUCAGCCCCAAGUCCACACCUCUCCCGAGACCCAAGCUCUGAAUAUUUCAGAAGCUUCUCUCACCAGCUUCUACUCCAGCAAGAGCUCAACCAACAUGUUAAACGAAUUCCAGCAGAGGAGGAGGUUGAAGACGCCCGUAUUUUUCGUUGGACAAUUGGAACGGAACUCCGUGUUAUGCGCGCUGGACCAGGCCCAGAUGUUAGCCGAGGAGUACCAGGCGGUGCUCCCGUUGCGGCUGAAGACUUCGUUCGUGGAGCUGCAACCCGCAAAGCGACCGAAGAAGUUGAGGAAGAUUAAGAGCCAGCUGAGCCUCAGAGAAUUGGUGAAGCUGCACUCGCAAAGCUCGCCGUCAACACCUGGAUCGGAUGCCGAGACUCUGAUCGGCUCCCCCGCUUGGCCACAGUCAUCCAUGAACGAGCAGUUCAGCAGAGACACUACUCACAGUCUCCCCAAGAUUGAAGAGGAAGAGAUCCUACUCUCUCCAAAUCGGAAUCCCCAUAGCGACGAGGGCCUGAAAAUCUGCACCGAGCUUCUCACCACCGAGCUCGCUUCAUCUCUCCUCCGGUACCACCCGACCGAGAAUCGCGACCGCGCAUGCGAGCUGCAUGUUCUGCUUAUGAUCGAAGCAUAUGAAAGAGUGCAGCAGGAUGUCCGCAAGAUGCUUUCCGACGCGGGUGUCACGGGCAAGCAGUUCGGCCACGUGAAAGCUGCAGAAGGGAUUCUGGACCAUUGGCUACAUGCGCUGUAUGCGGUGUAUGAUCGCUCGCAGGUAGAUGAGGAGAGGAGGAACCAGUUGGAUUGUGAGUGGCCUGUGAGGAGCUCGCAUUGCUCUACCAGCUCAUCACCAAGCGAGAGGUAG